AUGCGAUCGGGUCUUGCCGCGCGGCAGACGGGAUUGAUUGAUUCCGCAAGCUAUAUAAAUCUCGGGCGGUCUGAUCGUGAGAUUCUUCACCUUUCCUUUCCUCUCUCAUCUAAUAGAGGCUUUGGGUUCCGAUCCCUCGACGGGAUCCUUAUUAUCCAUCCAUAUAGAAAAAUAACCAUCAUGCCCUCUGUUACCGCAUCUGCUCCCGGUGUUCCCUCUGUCGCCGACCUCAAGCACGGCGCCGCUGCUCCUGCCGUCGACGGUGCCUUCGCCGCCGACAAGACCUCGCGCACGUCCGCGAUCGAGGCUCUCGUUGCGUCUGCUCAAAAGGACGGCCCUGCGGCACUCAAGGCCGCCGGCUUCUCGGCCGCUGCGCUCAAGGCGCUCGGCGACAAGAAGUCGCCCGCCGCACGUGAGGGCGCUGCCGAGGCCGUGUCUGCGCUGUCCAAGGGCGCGAUCAAGGCGCUCGAGCCGUCGUUCGUCGACUCUGGCCUGUACUCUGCCCUGCUCGAGGCGUUUGCCGACAAGACGCCCGCGGCCCGGACUGCCGCCGUAAGCGCCGUCAAGGCUUUCGUCGCGAACAUGAACCCGUGGGGCGCCGGCCUCAUCCUGCCCGCUCUCCUCCACGAGAUCAAGACCGCGGGAAAAUGGCAGAUCAAGACCGGUUCGCUCGCCGUGCUCGACCAGCUCGUCAAGUCGGCGCCCGCACAGAUCGCCAAGCUGACGCCCGACAUUGUGCCCGUGCUCGCCGAGGCGAUCUGGGACACCAAGGCCGACGUCAAGAAGGCCGCCCGCGAGUCGCUCACAAAGGCGACUGGCCUCGUAUCCAACAAGGAUAUCGAGAAGUUCAUUCCCGCGCUCAUUAACGCUCUCAUCAACCCCGUCGAGGAGGUCCCAAAGACCAUCCAGCUCUUGUCCGCUACCACGUUCGUUUCCGAAGUAGACUCCCCAACGCUCUCCCUUAUGGUCCCCUUGCUUGCUCGUGGCCUGAACGAGAAGCUUACCGCUACCAAGCGUAAGGUCGCUGUCAUCGUCGACAACAUGUCCAAGCUCGUCGACUCGCACGUCACCGUGCGCCCGUUCAUCCCCAAGCUUCUCCCAGGCCUCCUCAAGGUCGAGCAAACCAUCGGCGACCCCGAGGCUCGCUCUGUCGUUGGCCGUGCCAUCGCCACUCUUCGCCAGGUCGGCCAGGUUCCAGACGACCAGGACGGCACGGAUCUUCCCACGCUCAAGUUCGCGACCGAGCAGCAGCUCGCUCACUCGCUCAUCGAGCUCUACAAGAAGGCCGGCGGCAACCCCGUCCCCUCUGUCGCCGCCGAGGUCACCAUCCACGUCGCCCGUCUCGCAGCCAACGCCACCAACGCCAAGAACUUCGACGUCCCUGAGUGGGACACCUUCGCGCCUUACCUUGCCUUCCUCGCUGCCGUUCCCGAGCCGCUUACCAUUGCUCGGGAAUGGGUCGUCAAGUCCGCUACUGAGGACGCUGAUGUCGGCGAGGUCCCCGAGGACGAGGAGGAGGGUGAGGACCUGUGCAACUGCCAGUUCUCGCUCGCCUACGGUGCCAAGAUCCUGCUCAACACCGCGACGCUCCGUCUCAAGCGUGGCCACCGCUACGGCCUUUGCGGCAAGAAUGGUACCGGAAAGUCGACCCUCAUGCGUGCCAUCACCAACGGCCAGGUUGAGGGUUUCCCGUCGCCUGAUGAGGUCCGCACGUUCUACGUCGAGCACGACAUCGACGGCUCUGAGGAGGACACCUCCGUCCUUGAGUUCAUUCUCCAGGACAAGCGUGUAAUCGUCUCCAAGGAGGAGAUCGUCGAGACGCUUGCCUCCGUCGGCUUCACCGACGAGCGCCAGAAGCACGCCAUCGGCUCGCUCUCUGGUGGUUGGAAGAUGAAGCUUGCGCUCGCCCGCGCCAUGCUCUUCAAGGCCGACAUCCUCUUGCUCGAUGAGCCGACCAACCAUCUCGACGUCGUCAACGUCGCAUGGCUCGAGAACUACCUCACCAGCCUCACGCACUGCACCUCCAUCAUCGUGUCGCACGACUCUGGCUUCCUCAACAACACGAUUACCGACGUCCUUCACCUCAACCGCUUCAAGCUCCGCCGCUACCGCGGUAACCUCGAGGCGUUCGUCAAGGCCGUCCCUGAGGCCAAGUCCUACUACACGCUCGAGGCUGCCGAGGACUACAAGUUCAAGCUCCCCGACCCUCCGUUCCUCGACGGUGUCAAGACCAAGGAGAAGGCGCUGCUCAAGAUGCGCAAGGUCGGCUUCCAGUACCCGUCGCAGCCCGUCCAGCAGCUCUACGACAUCUCGCUCCAAGUCUCGCUCUCGUCGCGUGUCGCCAUUCUCGGUCCCAACGGUUCCGGCAAGUCGACGCUCGUCAAGCUUCUUACCGGCGAGAUGGAGCCCAACAAGGGCGGCGAGGUCUGGAAGCACCCCAACCUCGUCAUUGGCUACGUCGCGCAGCACGCCUUCCACCACAUCGACCAGCACCUCGACAAGACCCCGCUCGAGUACAUGCUCUGGCGUUACCAGACUGGCGAGGAUCUCGAGGAGAUGAUGAAGGCCAACCGCCAGAUCAGCGAGGAGGAGCAGCAGAAGAUGAAGGAGGGCGCCAACGUCGUCGUCGAGGGCCAGAAGCGCGUCAUCGACGAGAUCGUCGCGCGCAAGAAGCUCAAGCAGUCGUACGAGUACGAGAUCACGUUCAAGGGUCUCUCCUCGUCCGAGAACAUCUGGAUGCCGCGUGACGAGCUCAUCAAGCGCGGUUUCGAGAAGAAGGUCCUCGAGGUCGACACCCGCGAGGCGCAGCGCCUCGGUCUUCUCCGCCCGCUUGUCCGUCGCGAGAUCGAGAAGCAUAUGGCCGACUUUGGUCUUGAGCCUGAGUUCGUGUCGCACAACACGAUGCGCGGUCUCUCUGGCGGUCAGAAGGUCAAGAUCGUUCUCGGCGCUGCGACAUGGCGUCGCCCGCACAUCAUCUGUCUUGACGAGCCGACCAACUACCUCGACCGUGAGUCGCUCGCGGCGCUCAUCGAGGCUCUCAAGACGUUCGAGGGCGGUGUCCUCGUCAUCACGCACAACCGCGACUUCUCCGAGUCGAUCUGCUCCGAGGUCUGGGCGAUGCGCGACGGCCACCUCGAGGCGUCCGGCCACAACUGGGUCGAGGGCCAGGGCUCCGGCGCGCGCAUCGACACGAAGGCCGGCGAGGAGGAGGACCAGUACGACGCGAUGGGCAACAAGAUCGACAAGGCGAAGAAGGCGAAGAAGUUGACGUCGGCCGAGGCGCGGAAGGCAAAGAAGGAUAGGAUGGCGAGGAGGAAGCGCGGGGAGGAGGUGUUUACUGAUGAGGAGCUGUAA